AUGAAGCUCUCUUUCCUAGCGCUCGUCCUCUGCUUCUAUGUUGUAUUAGGCGCUCAUGAGGAAGCUCCAAUUGAUUCAAACCAGGAUGAUGUCAAGCAUUCAGAUGGAUUGCUUCGAAAAGUAGAAACACCUGAAACAAGCCAAUCUGCUCGGUCGCUUUGGCCCAGCUACGGUUACGGCCGUGGCUAUGGAUACGGAGGCUAUGGUGGCGGAUACGGAGGCUACGGCGGUGGUUACGGUGGCUACGGCGGUGGUUACGGAGGCUACGGCGGUGGUUACGGACGCUAUGGUGGUGGUUACGGCAACUAUGGUGGCUAUGGCAACUAUGGUGGCUACGGUGGCGGCUAUGGCUACGGGCGUACUGGCUACGGGCGUACCGGCUACGGAUAUGGUGGUUAUGGAGGGUAUUACUGA